AUUUCUCAACUCCUCAAGCCGUCACUACGCAGCCCAGCUCCUCUUUCACCUUAGCCCCUGUCACGCAAGUCAGCAACUUUCAGCCAAUGAACGACGGUGGACGAACGAUUGCGAGCAUCUCAGCGCCAGAGGAGUGCUGCCGACGACUGACCAUGUACGGCGGUGGCGGACGGCAGUUCACUGUUUCAUCCCUUCUUUUGAUUUCCGGCUUAAUCUUCGUCUCCUAGAUUUCAGUAUAAGCAUCUAUUGUGUCUCAGAGUAUCAGUUCAAAGGCUGAAAGAAGAUCGCUUUCCUCAGAUUGCAGUAAUAAAUGCUGAAGUCAUAUCUCUUAAAGACUGCUUUUAGAAGCCGCAGUUAUAAUCUAUUUCACUUCUGUCCACGGAGAGGGCUACAUAGCAGAAACAAGAAAGCUGUAGAGUUUAUAUCAAAAGGAUGGACCGCUCUGAAGGAAGUUGACAGGGUUAUUGAUUAUUGUGAGCUCAAAGAUAAACGACUCAUUCCUCUACUAAGUGAAGCAAAGGAGAGCUUUGAAUUAGCUCUGGAGGUAGACAAUUCAAAUACACAAGCUAGAUAUUGGCUGUCAAAGUUGCAUUUCAAGUACCAUGUUCCCGGCGCUUGCAAAGCCAUUGGUGCUGCUUUGUUAGUUGAAGCUGCAGAGAUGGGUGAUCCAGAUGCUCAGUAUGAGUUAGGUCGCUGUUUGAGAGUUGAGAAUGAGGCUGUUCAAUCAGAUCAGCAAGCGUUUUACUAUUUAGAGAAGGCAGCUGAUCAGUUGCACUCAGGUGCACUAUACCUUUUAGGUGCAGUCUAUUUGACUGGAGAUUGUGUAAAAAAAGACAUUGAUUCUGCAAUUUGGUGUUUCCACAGAGCAUCGAAAAAGGGUCAUGCUGGAGCUGCUAUAGCAUAUGGCUCCCUUCUCUUGCAAGGGGCCAAAGUUCCAGAAUCAAUUACCAAGUUUUAUACGAAGAGGCCUUGGAAGAGGGCAUCAAAAAGGCAAGGAGAGCCAGAGCUAAACCCGGUUGAACUGGCUAGAGAACAGUUUGGAUUGGCUGCAGAUGGAGGGUGUGACCUUGGUUUGAGAUGGUUGAAAAGGCUGGAGGAAGAAGAGAAACUUUUGCUGUCUAAGAGCUCAUAGCUGCCUUACUACUUACUAGGAUACCUUCAUAAUACUCCUUAAUAUACUGAAUUACAUAUAAUAAAGAGAACAGUCACUCAAAUAUCCCAAACAUUGUAAAUGUGAGCUUAAUACCUCAAACUUGCAUGUAAGAUAUAAAUGUCAUGAUCUAUAUGGUUAAAGUAUUUUAGGCUUUUAGCACCAUGACAUAUUUGUGAAAUGUACGUUUACAGUAUUAGGUGCACAAUUUAAAUACUCUAAACAUUUAAAAGGGUGCACAUAGCAUCUUAAGUUUCCAUUUUUGAAAUAAAUAAUUUGAAUUCAUGGGGUAGAGAUCACCUAUAAUAUAAACUUUAAGAUGUUUAUUUUAUACACACAUGCAAGUUUGAGAUACUCACCUAAUUUGAGUUCAUGGGGUAGAGAUGAUUUAAGUUGUGCUGUUUUUGCUUGCAUAUUUAUUCAAGUGUAGGCUGUGUAGCUCCUCAAAUAUUGUGUUAAACAAUGUAAAUUCGGACUCGCUGUCAACACUCUAAUACUCCCAACAUCGUAUAUCUUAUUUCCGUUUGGGUGAAAAAUAAUGACAAAUGAUGUGUUGUUGGAGCCA